AGGAUGAAGUGCUUAAGAAAGUGAUGUAUACUGAAAAGAAAAGUGUGUAGAAGUGAAAAAGAAGAAAAGAGGAACGAGAGAAGGAGGACCUAAGAAUUAAGCGAUACAAAGCGGCACAGGUCAAAAGAAGAAGAAGAAGCAGCAGCAGCGGGCCGCCCAAACACUGCAGGCUCAGAGGGAGGCUUUCUAGUUCUUAUUCCACAGGUCUUUGUGGUUGUCCCUGUCCAAAAAGAAGUCAGCUGCUCGUGGCCUGUCUUGCUGUAGGGAGGGAUGGGGCUGUUUGGCCGCAGCCGCCACCGGGAGCUGAACUCCCUGACGUGCCUGGCGAUGGCUCUGGAGGGCUGGCGCACCACUGUGGAGCUGCACAACGAUGCCUUUGUCUCGGGCUUCGUCGUAGAGGUGGAUGCGAAGAUGAACAUAGACAUGCAAGAUGCGAAGUACACAGACGGCAAUGGUAAAACGAUGAAGCUUGAGAACUUUCAUGUCAGAGGGAGGAAAGUGCGCUACAUUCACAUCCCAGACCAGCUGGAUAUCAUGGAGACCAUCCAAAAGAAGGUUACGAUUAAGACUUCACAUCAGCGAACAACAAAGAAGGGACACAUUGCUCUCAAGCGUACGCAACAGACCCUGAAGAGGUACAGACAGCAGCAGGAUUUUCCAUCAACUUCCUCAGCUCAGUCAGAGGACUUCUCAUAACCCUGAACCUGAGGAUUCACCUCAACCCCCCAUCAAGCCACAAGACUCUCUUUCAUCCAGCUGUCCCACCUGCCCCGCCUAUUCAGAAAAUAUCCAACUCAGAUGAUGACGACACCCCAGUACGUAGGACUCAUUGCACCACAUCAAAAUCAGGCACUAAAAGCUGAGGAAGGUUUCAAUACCACUAAAGUAUGCAGCUAGCUACAUGUAUGGGCGCAACCUACCAUGUCGUACCACUUUUGAUCUGCCUUGAUGUUGCUACAAUUUGAUUUUUCAUAAAAUUGAACAUUUUGGUGUUUGUCUCUUCGAUGUCUAUAACUUUUGUUCUAAGAAUUUUUUUAUCCGAUGAAUAUGAAUAUUCAACUUAUUUUCAGUUAAUUGUAAUUUCCAGAGUAAUUAGAAGAAUAAUUUAUAAAACGUUUAUACCAUUAGAACCGGCUCGAAAUUCUGUAAAACUUUUAUUAAAUGAGUUUUUACAAGAAAUAUACUCUAUUUGAUGGCUUAUAAAUGCACUUUUUUUCCCCCCCAAAAAAAGUCUCAGAAAAUCACCCUGCAUCUUAUAAGGUCAAGGUUCAGCUUUGGGUUACUGGUUAGUGAAGUUUUAGUGCUGCAGUGGCACUUAAAUUAACCCUUUCCUUGCUAAGCGCUCACAACGAGACUAUCCCCUUAGGCGCACUCGGGCACCCCAGUGGGGGAAGGGGAUCUCUUUUAACCGCUGUAUCUCAAAAACUAUUCAUCACAGCUACAAAACAAAAACACCAUUGGAAAGAGGAGGCCAAGAUCUAUAAGAUUCGGUUAUGUAAGCCUCUCCUGUGAACGUACAGGCACCCCUACUGCAGAUGGCUGUGUUGAACUUGAUGAACAAGUCCAACAACACUUGCUCAACCAAGAAGGCAGCAUCUGUCAGUAAGUCCUUGGAGAUGGUCUCCAGCCAGAUCUUGAACAAGUUCCAGCCCUUGCCACUGAGUGAUCUCUGGCACCUGCUGCUCAUUUUUGGCUAUGUGACAGCACUGAAGAGGUUCUAAUCCUCCUCCUCCUUCUCUUUGUUUUUGCUGCCUCCACUGCUGUCCACUUUGGACUUGAGUUAAUGGAAGUUGAUUUAGUCUGAUAAUGACUUUCAAAGUUGAUGUUUAGUUAAAUUGCCAAUGGAAACAUUAACUUCCAUAAUUAAUGAUUAACAGAUUAAUGGUUUGGUGCCCACCUAUGCUUGAGAGCAGUAAAGUAGAUUACAAUGAGAAACAGAGUCAAUGUAUCAGAGUAUCAUGAAUGGCAGAAGUGUGAGCAUGGAGGUAAAGAGGGAUUUGAGAAAUACAGUAAUAGUACCAACCUUCACAUAUGCAAGCAAAACAUGGGCCUGGAAUGAAAGUCAGAGGUGCAGGCGGUGGAAAUGAGUUAUUUGAGGAGUGCUUGUGGUGUGAGUAGAAUGGAUGGAAUGAGUAAUGAAAGUGUGAAUGAGCGUUUUGGAAUGUGUUACGUGGGUGAAGGGAAAAAGUGUGGAGUGGUGGAAGAAGUGAAGCGACAGACUUUAAAGUGGUUUGGCCACAUGGAGCAAAUGGAGGAGAGUAAGACGACCAGGAGGGUGUGAGUGAGAUAGAGGGAGGGAAUGUUAGAGGACGACCUCCAGUGAAAUGGAGAGAUAGGGUGCAGGAGUAUGUUAGGGAGAGGGGUGAAAGAUCCUUGAGAAACUUUGAGCAGGCAAGGAGGGAGUGUCUGGAUAGAGAGAGAUGGAAACUCUUCUGCCGUGGCCAUCCCCUGGUGGGAGCUCCUAGGAGCAGGCGUCAAAGAUGAA